AUGACGACGGCUCGCCUCUCGAGUGUGCUUUUUCCACAAUAUAACACAUUCUGGAGAGAAGCACAACAAAAAUUUAUUAGUUGGCGGCUUGGUUUAGCCGAAGUGCUUGAGCCUUUUUUAUGGGCAGCUCCAAAAAAAAAGACUUCUCAUUCAAAGAAACGAAUGCGUUCGGCAAACAAAGGGUUGAAAGACAGAACAAACAUU